CUGGCAGCGGGCGCCGCGGGGCCACCGGCGAGUGUGCGCAGAGGCUCGGGCCACCGACGGCGGGGCGCGAGGACCGCGGGGACCCGCCAGCGCCAUGCGCGCCCUGCCCGGCCUGCGGGCGCUGCCGCUGCUCCUGCUGGGGCUCCUCGCCGCGGGGCGCGCGGGCCGGGCGGACGGCGAGACCUCAGUGUCACCUUUUACAAGUUUACCCAUCCGAGAAGAAACGACGACAAAACAUUUUAACUCUUCCUUGGAGACUCCUAACAUAUCAUUGACUGUGUCACCUUUUACAAGUUUACCCAUCCGAGAAGAAACGACGACAAAACAUUUUAACUCUUCCUUGGAGACUCCUAACAUAUCAUUGACUGUGUCACCUUUUACAAGUUUACCCAUUCGAGAAGAAACGACGACAAAACAUUUUAACCCUUCCUUGGAGACUCUUAAUAUAUUACUGACUGUACGUUCCAGUGUGCCAGUGGAAAAAAAUAUCACCUUAGAACGACCUUCUAAUAUAGAACUUACAUGCCAAUUCAUAACAUCUGGAAAUGUGAAUUCAGUAAAUGUGACUUGGAAAAAAGGUGAUAAACAACUUGAGAAUAUUCACACCAAUGCAACAGGAAGCAUCCUGUAUACACAGUACAUGUUUAUCAUCACUGAUAGCAAACAAAUGGGAAGCUAUUCUUGUUUCCUUGAAGAGGAAAAGGAACAAAGGGGCACAUUUAAUUUCAAAGUCCCUGAAGUUCAAGGGAAAAACAAACCAUUGAUCACUUAUGUGGGGGAUUCAGUUGUCUUGAUAUGUAAAUGUCAACACUGUUCUUCUUUAAAUUGGACCUGGUACAGUAAUAAUGGGAGUGCACAGGUUCCUAUUGAUGUUCAAAUGAAUGAUAAGUAUGAGAUCAAGGGAACAAAUACCAAUGAGACAAGGCUCAAGAUAACGCAUCUUUCAGAAGACAAUAAGGGAUCUUACUGGUGCCGUGCAGCUUUCCCCUUAGGCGAGAGUGAACAACGCAUUGAACUUGUUGUGCUGAGUUAUUUGGUUCCCCUGAAACCAUUUCUUGGAAUAGCUGCUGAAGUUGUUAUUGUAGUGGCUGUUAUUCUGCUUUAUGAAACACACACCCAAAAGAAAAAGAAGCUCACAGAUGAUGGGAAAGAAUUUGAACAAAUUGAACAGCUGAAAUCAGACGAUAGCAAUGGUAUAGAAAAUAAUGCCCCCAGGCACAGAAAAAAUGAAUCUGUGAGCCAGUGAAUGAAAAACAUCAUGUCAAGAGUCAUGGGAAGAUGUACAGUUAUACUUCAGCUUUGUUAUGUUUCCUGUUAAGAAUAUCUGAGUUUUUAUUUUUAAAAAGCUGAAAAGUUUAUGCAAUAUGCUCAGCAGUAGCUUUGUAAUGAUAUAUGCUAUCUCAGAUUAUAUUUUCAUUCUGUAAGUAUUUUACAUUAAAUCAAGGUCGAUUAUAUUAAAUAUGUUCUAUGAGCUAUAACCCAGGAUAAUUAAUUUCAUCUUGGUCAUCAAGAGAUGCACAGAAGACAUACCAGCAAAACCAGUUAAUACUACACGAACUAAUGUCAUUCAAGACCUGUUUAUAACCAAAGAAUUCUUUAAAGAGAAACUUUUGCCAUUUGCCUUAAAAAGUUCUUUUCUCAAUUAUACUUACUCUAUGUAGAAAUAUUUUUAAUAAUUUUCAUGUAAUUGUCAUCCUCCUGUCAUAUUAGAAGAAAACAUCCUUACUAGGAAAUGAAUAUUUUCUGCCUUUACUAUACAAUCUCUACAAGAAAAACAUACUUUUCCUCCACAAAUAUUGGUUUAAGGCAAGGAAAUAUAACUAUAUACUUGCCCCAAAUCUUCCAUCACCACAAAAGCAUGUUUCCCAACCUUUGUUCUUCUCAUCUCCACUGCUUUCACACACCAGGGAAAGAUGACUUUCAGUCUUUAUGUAAAACAUUCUUUAAAUGCCAUGGUUUUUGGAUUUUUAAAGUUGUCCCUGGUGUUGAUGCUAUAGGGCACAGGUCCAUAUAGUUAUAAUAUAGCACUGCUACAGGGAUGCUUCUGUGGUUGGUUCAUAGUUUCUUGGUAUCUCUGACGACACCUGGUGUCCUGAUACCUCUGGGUGGUUAAAUAUCUAAAAAUGCAUUAUUAGUGCUUUAUAGUCAUGAUUCCUUUCUUUGAUAUCCAGAAGUUCUAAAUUACUUCUAUGAUGUUGCAAAUGCCUUAGACUUUCCUUCAAAAUUAGAAUAGUUUCUAUUGCAUAUAUAACUGAAAUAUUUGACAAAAUCACCAUAACCAAAUUAAAUGAAAUAUGAAUAGACAUGAAACAUUGUCAAUGGCUUUGAGUGGACUAUUAAAAUCAUACUACAGUAUACUAGAUUGGGUUGAGGACAACAAUGUGAAGCCUGCUGCGUGUCCUUAGUGCUGGUGGGUCCAGUAUAGUAGAGUUCAGAACAAUCAGAAGCCAAGGGGGAAGAGUUUGGGAUGGUGGUAGGGAACACACAGUUCUUGGUGACAAGGAGAUUAACAUUUGGAGGAGUUCAAUGAUUUGGGGAAGAAAUACUUUAUAGAAAUGUAUACUAGGUACUGACUGAGAAAAUAAUAAAAUUGUGGUAGUGAAAAUUAUAAUUUAUAUGGCAUCUUUCUCUGUGUUUAACAUCCUAAUGUUAAAAAAUAUUACUAAUAGGAAUAAUACACAUAAAGUGGUGACUUGGAAGCUGCCCAUUAUUUUGUUGCAGCACUAUUUUGCGUGAAGCAUGCUAACCAUACAUAUAUGCUUUCUUUUUUUUUUCAUAUAUGCUUUCUUAAAGUAGAAUAUAUCCUUUAAGUAAUGGCAGAUUUCCUUUUAUUCUUUGUAUCAGAGCCAUACACCAUGAUUUACACCAUGGUUUAAUUCAUUAUUUGAUAACAUUGUCUUGGAUAGUAUUUAUAUGAUGGCAGACAACCAAUUAGGUCACUUAAUUAAUAUAAACGGCUUGAAUCAGUGAAAAAUUAGACCUGUUAUUUGACUAAGUCCAAUUCAAAUGGUAUACUUAUGAUUGGUUUAUAUAAAACCAAAACCAAUUUGUAGCUCAUAUGCAGUAUCCUUCCAUUUUGCCAUACUACUUAGGCUAAGAUAUUUUUCAAGCAAGAGAAAUUGCUGCCCCAUGAUAAAAUAGUCUGAAAUAUCUGUAUAGUAAAUUGAAUUCAAAGUGUCAAUGCUUGCUAUUUUUCCUAGCAAAGGCAAUUCAUUUCAGUAAUUUAAGCAGAAAAAAUAUGCAGAAAAUUAGAGUUUUGGCUUUUUAGAUUCUCUCUGGAGAAACUUCUGGAAAAUUAUUUCAGACAUUUAGGUUAAAAAUGGAAUGCUUCCAUUAACUAACCUCACGUGGAAGAUAAAUGGAUUAACUCAUAAUAACCAAUUGUAAAUUGGCUGAAAAUACUAAGUAAGCAGAAAAGCUGAAGUAGGAAACUGCUCCACGUUUACAUAUUAGACACCUUGGGAAAUUCUAUUAAUCUUUCUAUCUAACAGGGUUUUGCAGAAUAAGUAUAUUUAAUGAUGUCUUAAAAUUCCCAGAUACUUUCAUAUUAAGUUUAUGCUCUAAUGUAAAUCUUCUCCCAUUGUAUAUUUCUCUUUUUCCCUAGCACCUGGUUACUUAUGUCAAAACCCCAGAAUUCAUGGUGAUAUUUUCUUCUCCUUUAUUAAGUAACAUAGCAUUAGUUAUGAAUCUCUGUUUCUUUGACCUUCUCAAUGCUCAUUAAUCCCCUUACUGCCUUCCCCACCCGACUCUCACAACUCCAACAGUGGCGGUCUUGAUUUUCCUACCUCUGUCUCAUCUUAUAUUAAUCCAUUUUUUUGUACAACUGCCCAAGUCAUCUUUUUAAAUACAAAUCUUGCUAUGUUAACUUAAUAUAGAAGCUUACAUGCCAAGCCUCUUCAGGCUCACCUUUGCCAUUUCUUAAUACUGCAGUUUUCCAAAUUGCUAAUCUAUCUCUAAUGUCUUGACUUAAUCUUAACAUAUAGAGAUUUAGUGUAGAAUGCUACCCCCUUGUACUUCUCCCCGAUUAACUCAAGUUUAGCUUUCAAAACUUUAAUCUGACGUUACUUCCUGGUGGAUCUCUCAUACCCAGUGAGGUGUAUACCAUGUUAUUUGUUUAAGUAACUCCACAUUUCUUUGUGUUCUUUUACCCUGUAUUAUAAAUAUAAAUUUGUCUCCUUCUUGGGUCUUGGACUUACCAAAGAGAGGGUGCAAUUAGAGAGGUCACGAAAUGUGUGUUGAACAGAUCAUGUAUAAGUAAAAAUCAAAUUUCAUUAAUUUUUUGUUAUUUUUAGAACAAUCUAAAUUGUGACAUCAGAAUUAAAAUACAUACGUGACUGGGUGACUAAAUUGGUUGAGCAACUGACUCAUGGUUUUGGCUCAGGUCAUGAUCUCAGGGUCAUGACAUCAUGUCCCACGUUGGGCUCUUCACUCAGCCUGGAGUCUACUUGGGAUUCUCUCUCUCUCCCUCUCCCCCUGCCCUGUUCUCUCUCUCUCUGAAAUAAUAAAUAUUUUUAAAAAUUUAAAAAAAUUAAAAUGCAAUAUAUUAAAUGAGAUAAAGCUUUAUGAGUCAAUGCUUGUUUCAAUUACUUUGAAAACUGCAUAGUAAUAGGAUAAAAUGUCCCAUCAGAUUUUAAUAAUGUAUUAAUAUCUAGUAAGUAAAUAGAGUUCCGAUUCCUAAACUGUUAUACAGAGUAUGCCCCUUUUCAAUUCCUGUUGUUCUCUAUUUUUCAUGGAUAGUUUGAAUGUUAACCUUAUUUUUAUCUUUUAUUUAAAUAAUAUAAUGUAUUGACUUUAAAUAUAAAGGACUUUAGCAAUUGUAGCCCUUUGCAUGGUACUAUAGAAAGUGGUUGGUAUUUGUGCCCCCUCCACUAAUUUCUCAUUUCUCUUUCCCACUAAUACCAUAUAGUACCUUAGAGUAUCUCAGAAUCCAAUCAAAAUUUCACCCUAAAAGAAACAAAAAUUUUCAAAGAAAGCAUUCUUUGUUUAGUUUGACCACUGAAAGUUUGUCUUUAAUCAUAUUCAUGAAAAGAAAAAAAAAUGUAAGUUCUGCUCACUUAUUCCUUAGGUCUUCAUCUUGAGGCAUUUAAAUAGAUUAAUACAAAGAUUCAUACUAAAUAUCUACUAUGCUACCUUAUAGAAAAUGAAUUUUUCUAAUUGAAAAGGGUUAUGCCAUGAAUUAGGGCCUUACUCCCUAUUACCAUUGUUCCUCUUCAUAGGGGAGUAAGUUCAAGUAUGUGUUCCAGUAUUUAUUAAAAGGCAUGGUGACCUACUUACAGCAUGCUCUGAAUUAAUUUUUUUUUAAUUUUUAUUUAUUUAUUCAUGAGAGACACAGAGAGAGAGAGAGGCAGAGACACAGGCAGAGGGAGAAGCAAGCUCCAUGCAGGGAGCCUGAUGUGGGACUCGCUCCCGGGUCUCCAGGAUCACACCUUGGGCUGAAGGCGGCGCUAAACCACUGAGCCACCUGGGCUACCCUCUGAAUUAAUAUUUAUUGGAUGAAUGAAAAAUAGAUGAAUGACUCAAUUAUUUUGGAACUUAAAUUAUAUAUAUUUACAUGAUAUCUAUUUUCAAUCUGAUUAAUUGUGAACAUAUCCUAUCUAGAGAAAAAGAAAACUGGAACUGCCUAUGUUCAGUUCUGUGAUAUUUAGGAAAGUAUUUGCACUGAAUUUAGAAGGUCACUUACAUGCCCAAUUGAGUUCUUCAUUGAGAAUAUAUACUAUCAUUAAAUAAUAAUAACUGAUAUUUGUCGAGUGCUUAGCAUGUGACAGGCACUGUGCUAAGUGCUUUGACAUAUGUUAUCUCAUUGAAUUUCCACAUCAUAUCAUCUUCUGCUACCGGAACUAUUAUCAUCUGCUGUAUUAGAGAUGAGAAAACCAAAACUUAGAGAGAUGAAGUAUUUGGAACUGGGAUUGAAAUCCAGGGAGUCCUUCUCAGGAAUCUAGGUUUAACAACCAUGUUGAACAGCUUUAGCUUCUACUUAUAUGUACCUUAGAAAAUAAGGCUAUUAUCUUUAUCGAGCAUCUUUUAACAAAAUUUUUACUCUUUAGAUGGUCAGUUAGAUAAGAUCCACAAUCUUAUCCUUAGGGCUUGUAAUGACCUAUGCAAUGGCAUACCUGUGUCCCUGCAGUGAUGCUGGGGAAUCAUGACACUUUUGUUCAUUUGGAGAGUCUUUCUUUCUUCUGCAUCUCCCUACCCCCCACCAUUUUACUUUUCAAUAGCUAGUGUGACCGUUCACUUUAUCAUCCAAAUACUUCGAAUGAAAGAAUGUCCUAUGUAUCAUUUCACCAGGACAACAGACAGAAAACAGACCAUACAUUCACCUUUUUAGUCUCUAAGAAGGAGCUAACUACUUUAUAGAGAUUCUAGCCUAGGCAUAGCAAUAACAUCUGUAGCAAGUUUGAAUGAUAAAAAUUCACUAUCAGGAAAAGAAUUAUCUUUAGAAAAUGCCAGGUGAGUCUCACUAUAGAGAAAUGUCUAGAAUGAGACAAUUCAGUAAACUUGAAGAUUUAUCACUUUCCAAAAGUUAUAAGAUUAAAAUUUAUUAUCAUUCGAAAGUAUGAUUCACAGUCCUAAGAGAAGGUGGAAAAGAAAGUCAGGUUUUUGAUAACCUGUGAAAUGAACUGGACAAUUCUUUGGACUUGCUUAUCUUCAUGAUUAAUGUGUCAUAAUAACACCCAGGUGAUUCUCAAUGAAUCAAAAAUACCUGAUUAUGCUUUUACAAUAAAAUUUACUUACAAAACCAGUAAAGAUCACUCUUGAAUAACGUUGUCAAAAUUACUUUUAGUCACAUGAUUAACUUGUAACAUCUAUAUUUCCUACUCUUUCAUUUUCCAAAGGAGAAAAUGGUAGGGCAACUUGUUCACAGUAUUGGUUGAAAUCUAUAUAUUAUUUUGUUGUGUUAUCUAUUAUGUUUAAGAACUUUUGUUCACAAAAUUGAUUUUGCUACUUAUUUGUAAUUUACUUCAAGAGUAGCACAAAUGUUUGUUUUUCUAAGUUUUAUUUGAUAAAUGAAAAUUAGACUUAUUGCAUAUGUAAUGAACUAUAAUGUUAUCUAAUAUUACAAAAAUAUCACAAAACAUGAUUACAUUAACUGCUUUUGUAUGUCUUAAGAUAAAAAUUUGGCCAUACACUUUACUUUUUUAAAAAAAAUCGAGGGCCAUGGAUUUAUUAUGACAUAUUUCCUAAUAAUUUUAAUAUUUUGUUUUCUUAGCAUAUGUGUCUAAAUUCUCAUUAAUGCUUUUCUGUAUUAUGUAAAUAGCACAGAAAUGUCUCUACUGGAUUGUUUCAAAAAAACAUUUUUGUUGAAUAUAACUCAAAGAAUGUAUCUAAUAUGCAAUUAAG